AUGUAUAAUUGUUCCAUGAUACCUGACCAGGGCAGCAAUCUUCAAGGGUGGGUGUUAGCAAUUGCUGCCGGUUUUGCUUGUUGUAUAGGAGCCUCCGCAGUCUUUUCAGAACACUUUAUUCCAAAGUUAAAGGGUGUUAAACAAAAGCAAAAUUUAAAUUUUAUGGUUGCAUCAUUUGCACUCGGAUCAGGACUGUUUUCAAGCUUUUUUACCUUGUUACCUGAGUCAAAGAAAAACUUUAAGGCUGGUGAAAGUGAAACCUCCAGUGGACACUCUAGUUUCUACAUGAUCGCCUUUUACUUCUUGGGCGUUGUUGGAUCUACUUUGAUCAAUCGUCUGAUUCAUCAUUUCGCGGCGGACUUUCACCAUCAUCACCACCACAAUGAUACUCCAAUACGCAAAAUUUCAAAAAAGAAUAGUUUAAUUCUUAAUGAAAAUUCGCCUUUGUUAAAAAAUCACUUGGAUGAACGCACUGAUGAUAUAUCUAAAAUUCGUGAUUUCAAUGAGGCUGACAGCUCAGACAGGCACGCCAUUUUUGUGGAUAGUGACACUGAUGAAUGUUCCAAUUCUUCUGACCAUCACGACCUUCAAAAUCCGCAUUCAAAGCCCGAUCAUGAAAAUGCAAA